AUGAAGAGAGGAAGGCCAACAUGUCACACCAUUGCGAAGUUCAUAUCCAUUGUUCGUGGUGGUGAGGAACUGUACUAUGAACUCGUAAAAGGCAAAUUGGUCAAUGAAAAGAAGUUACAACCUCAUCAUACGAAAUCUCUCACUGAAAAAGACAAAGAAUCUGAAAGCAUUUCAUUUGACAUUGAUGAGAAGGCUAGCUCACCACCAGAGGAUGUUUUAUUCUAUCCACCCGAAAUAUUCCAAGGAAUGCCAGCAAACUAUGAUUUACCCGUAGAAGAUGACUUGUUUACUUUUAAUGUUUGA